CAUCAUCUUUGCAGCUGUCACAACCAACGCUCAAGACGAUAAUAUACCCAUCUCCUCUCACUGAGAAUUAAAUCUUCGAGAUUUUUACCUAUCGCCAACAGGCUAUAAUAGCUUUGGCAGGAUGUCGGAUAAGAGCGAGCUGAAGGCGGAGCUGGAGCGUAAGAAGCAGCGCCUGGCCCAGAUCCGAGAGGAGAAGAAGAGGAAAGAGGAGGAACGCAAGAAGAAGGAGACGGAUGGCAGAAAGGAAGGGGGUUCCCCCCCGCAGGAUGACUCCGACCUGGAGAGGAAGAGGAGAGAGGCAGAGGCUCUACUCCAGAGCAUGGGCAUCACCGCCGACCCUGCCAUGGUCCCUCCCCCCAUGUCCCCCAGUGCCAAGUCAACGGGCACACCCAGCGAGGCAGGCAGCCAGGACUCUGGAGACGGAGCCACCGGACCCAGGACUCUGCACUGGGACUCUGAUCCGUCCACACUCCUGCUCCACUCUGACUCUCACCUGGGGCGUGGGCCGUUGAAGCUGGGCAUGGUGAAGGUGACCCAUGUGGAUUUCCCCCCGAGAGAGAUCGUCUCCUACAGCAAGGAGACACAGACCCCCACACAGACACAGCACAAAGAAGAGGAAGAGGAGGAGGAAGAGCUGGCUGCCAUGCCUGCAGCCCAAGAGAACCAGGAGGACGCUCCCGCCCAGAAGGACGACGAGGAAGCGGCCCCUCAUGAACUGACUGAGGAGGAGAAGCAGCAGAUUCUGCACUCGGAGGAUUUCGUGUCGUUUUUCGACCACAGCUCGCGCAUCGUGGAGCGCGCCCUCUCUGAGCACGUGGACGUCUUCUUCGAUUACAGCGGACGAGACCUGCAGGACAAGGAAGGGGAGUCGCAGGCGGGGGCUAAACUGUCUCUGAAUAGACAGUUCACAGACGAGCGCUGGUCAAAGCACCGCGUGGUCACAUGCCUUGACUGGUCCCCUCAGUACCCCGAGCUGCUGGUUGCCUCCUAUAACAACAAUGAGGAUGCUCCGCAUGAGCCAGAUGGAGUGGCGCUGGUCUGGAACAUGAAGUACAAGAAGACCACGCCAGAAUACGUCUUCCACUGCCAGUCUGCGGUGAUGUCGGCAGCCUUCGCCCGCUUCCACCCCAACCUGGUGGUGGGUGGCACCUACUCUGGCCAGAUCGUCCUGUGGGACAACCGCAGCAACAAGAGGACCCCCGUACAGAGGACACCCCUGUCUGCUGCCGCACACACGCAUCCAGUGUACUGUGUGAAUGUGGUUGGUACCCAGAAUGCCCACAACCUCAUCAGCAUCUCCACAGACGGCAAGAUGUGCUCCUGGAGCCUCGACAUGCUGUCUCAACCACAGGACAGCCUGGAGCUGGUGUUUAAGCAGUCCAAGGCGGUGGCCGUCACCUCCAUGUCCUUCCCUCUGGGUGAUGUCAACAACUUUGUGGUGGGCAGCGAGGACGGAUCCGUCUACACAGCAUGCCGACACGGCAGCAAAGCGGGCAUCGGCGAGAUGUUCGAGGGCCACCACGGGCCAAUCACAGGGCUGCAUUGCCACACGGCUGCCGGACCCGUCGACUUCUCGCACCUGUUCGUCACCUCCUCCUUCGACUGGACCGUCAAGCUCUGGAGCACCAAGAACAAUAAGCCGCUGUAUUCGUUUGAGGAUAACUCGGACUACGUGUAUGACGUGAUGUGGUCUCCUACGCACCCGGCGCUCUUCGCCUGCGUAGACGGAGUGGGACACCUGGACCUCUGGAACCUCAACAACGAGACCGAGGUUCCGACCGCGUCGGCAACCGUGGAGGGCAACCCGGCCCUGAACCGCGUUCGCUGGAACCCGUCGGGACGCGAGAUCGCCGUGGGAGACUCGGACGGACAGGUGCUCAUUUACGACGUCGGAGAGCAAAUCUCGGUGCCGCGGCCGGACGAGUGGACACGCUUCGUGCGCACGCUCUCCGAGAUCAACGAGAACCGCGAGGACGCAGAGGAGCUCGCAGCCCAGAGAUUGGCCGCCUGAUCGCCGGGGCAACCACAACUCGACCAAUCCGGUUGUGUUACUUUAUAUUUUUGGAAUUCCGGCCUGCAUUCCUUUUUUUCCUCUGCGUGUUUUUAUUUAAACAGAAUUUCUGGCAUGAAUACUUACAGCCUUUCACCUUCAGGAAUGUUUUUAAAACUAGCUACACCAACACUAACUCAAUACCCGCCGCUCAACUUUAUGCAAAAACUUUGUAUCUUUUCAGACUUUUUUGUAGUGUUGUUUUAAAGUGCAUUAACACAAAACACUUAAUGUA